AUGGGGGUAGACGGCCUUGACAGAAUAGUUUACAUUAAAAUCAUCACAGAACCCAGCAUCAGUCAAAUCCUCGACAUCAUGGAUAUUGACAACAAACCAUCCUGGAUGGACCCAAUCAUAGAAUUUAUCACAAGUGGAAAUCUACCAAGCGAUGCCAGGUUUGGGAUACCAAAGGUCCUCAUCACCGACAAUGGCAGACAAUUUGACAACCAACAGUUUAUAAACUUUUGCUCAAACCUUGGGAUUGAUCACCGUCUGACAUCAGUUUCGCAUCCUCAGAGCAACGGUUUGGCCGAGGUAACAAAUCGAAUCAUAUUACAAGACCUCCGAACAAGAAUAAGCGAUGCUAGGGGUUCUUGGUCCGACGAGCUUCCUUCUAUACUUUGGACGUAUAGAACAACUCAUAGGACAACCACAGGAGAAACCCCUUUUAUGUUAGCCUAUGGCUUUGAAGUAAUGGUCCCAGUGGAAAUUAGACUGCCAAGCCAUAGGAGGCUCGUGCCAGAAACCUCGGAGCAUACAAUUGAACAUCUUGAUCUCUUGGAAGAAGUACGGGAGCAAGCCGCUAUAAAAGUGGCCUCUUACCAAACUAAGACAGCAAAACAUUUUAAUAGCAAAGUUAAGGCUCGGAGGUUCAGAGCUGGCGAUUUGGUCUUGAGGAGGGCCGAAGCGGCAGGCCACCCCAGGAAAGCUCGGGCCCAUCUGGGAAGGGCCCUACGAGGUCAUACGACAGGUUCGCAAAGGAGCAUACAGCCUAAGAGACACUUCGGGCAGACCUCUUCCGAGGCCCUGGAAUGCCGACAAUCUAAAAAUAUAUUACAAGUCCUCGAGGUGUUUCACUACUCUAGGCGUCGAGUUAUUUAA